UGUUACGGCGCAUGUGCAGGUUUGACAGCUAAACGAGCGGAGCUUUAACUGCACGGACAGCUGAUGUCAGUCAGCGGUUAAGUGUUUCGUUUUUCUUUAGAUUCUUGGAGUCAAAAAAGACUGUCCUGGUUAAUUACGUGUCUUGUUGAAGAGAUAUGGACGCCAUUUACGCAUAAAAGUAUGGCGAUAGUACGUACGUGCGUUGAAAAGUCGUCGUUUUGCGGAGUUAGCGAGCUAGCCGGCUAGGCUAGGCUAUGCUAAAUUAGUUUGUAUCCUUGUGAGCCUGGAACGACGAAAGAACGUGUUGACAGCCAUGGGGAUACUAUUCACAAAACUAUGGAGGCUUUUUAAUCACCAAGAGCACAAAGUUAUUAUUGUUGGCCUGGACAAUGCUGGCAAGACCACAAUUCUUUAUCAGUUUUCUAUGAACGAGGUGGUGCACACUUCUCCCACGAUUGGCAGCAAUGUGGAGGAGAUUGUCGUGAACAAUACUCAUUUCCUUAUGUGGGACAUCGGAGGUCAGGAGUCUCUGAGGUCCUCAUGGAAUACGUAUUACACAAACACAGAGUUUGUAAUCGUGGUGGUGGACAGCACAGACAGAGAAAGGAUCUCUGUGACCAAGGAGGAACUCUAUAGGAUGUUGGCACACGAAGAUUUAAGAAAGGCAGGACUUUUGGUUUUUGCCAACAAACAGGACGUGAAAGGCUGCAUGUCUGUAGCUGAGAUUUCACAAAGCCUUCAACUUACCUCUGUUAAAGACCACCAGUGGCACAUUCAGGCCUGCUGUGCCCUGACUGGGGAGGGGUUGUGCCAGGGUCUGGAGUGGAUGAUGUCACGAUUACGUGUGAGAUGAUGACCUUUGGCUUUGACCAGAAGUGGCCCUCCAAGUUCUCUCUUUUUCCCCCUCUAUAUUUGCCUCCACCUACGAACUUGAAAUUGGGAAAACGUUUGGGUGAAGCCAGUGGACAUUACCCGUUAAUCUGUCCUAGAAGGGCAACUGAUGGGUAUUUUCUUCAGUGAUAAUUUAUUUUACAAAUGUGACUUUUGAGCAACACAAAACAAUGUGACCUUUUAGGAGGACAUGGAAGUGAAAGAGACUCUUUAUUUAAAACAAAUUCCUGCACGGUUUCCUUUUGACAAAAAAAAACAAAACAAAACAAAACACACGGGGCAGUGUUGACCUGCGAUUUGUGUUUGACCUGGAUAUACAUGGACUUACUCUUCAGCUGUAUGAGAAUCUGCCCAUUGUGGCCUUUCAGUAUUGCCGGACUGGCUGUGGCAAUUGUUAUUGCCCCCUCUCCUGUAUGUACGGUACAGUAUUCUCUUUUAACGGUGCCUACAGCUGAACGUUCAAGCCGCAAAGGCUGAUGGCGACUGAAACAUGCAGUACAGAGGGACAAAUCACAAUGACCCUCUGCCCAUCAGUUUCUGUAAAUAAUCAGUGAAAAUAAAAGUGUUUUUAUCUGUUUCAGGGGAA